CUUCAAUAACUACUACAUCAUAUCCACGUCACCAAAAACCCUAUUCAACUUCACAUACACACAGAGGCAGUGAUAUUUUUUUCGGGGGAAGCCUAAAGCUGCAAAGUGGAAGACCGAGCUGCUAAAGUUGUUUGCAAAAGAUAGAGCAUCCUGUAAAUCUGUUAUACUUCAAAGGAGAGAAGAAAGCAAAUGGAAAACGAACAAAGAAUACAAACGAUUGCAGAUAUUGAUCCAUUGCUUGAAACCGAUGAGGUUACUUUGGAGAAUCCUUUCAUUGCUGAUAAUACAUCAAUGACAACAGUUUCACAGGGGAAGCUUCCAACUAAAACCAAAUGGAAAAAGAAGAAAAGAAAGUUGGAAGAAUUAACAGAUUUUGAGGCUCAGCUUAUAGAUUCCAUCAAUAAUGUUGCUGAAGCUAUAAGAGAAAAUACAAAGGUCAUGAGAAGCUUGAGACAACAUGUAUAUCCAGAGAGCGAGAUCUACUCGGAACUAGAGCUCAUGGGUAUGACACAGGAUGACAUAUUCAACGCAUAUCUUUUUCUUGUUAAACGUCCAGAUAAAACACGGGCAUUUUUUGGAUGUCCUCUUGCAGUGCGGAUGACUAUACUAGAUAGGAUGAUGAGGUCGAGUGAAUGAGGUUUAAUUUGCUUAUGGAUUUAGACAAACUUUUUUCCAGUGAUGUUAUGCCUAGGUUCUUCAACUUUGAGAAUUUUAUGAUUUUUCCAUUUAUUAAACCUUAAAAUUAAGCGAUGUAUUAGAAUGGGCUUCUAAGCCUCAGAUUUUAGACUUAA